CAUCCCACCAUCGGGUUAGAGUUCAUAAGUGCCGCAGUGUGUGCGCUGUCUGCGCUUCUGUUGCUGGGUUUUUAAUUUGUGGGAAAGUGAUUCAUCGGAUAUUUUAAAACAACGCAAAAAGAAGAAUGGCCUCGGAUUCUGGCUACGGUCAGCAUGGCGCAGCUCAAAGCUAUGGAUCAUAUGGCACUCAGCAAAGUGGCCAGGGCUAUGGUCAAGGAAAUGGUGGUGCUUCUUACGGUGCACCAGGCUACAGCAGCUAUGGACAACCUGCUGAGGGUUAUGGCCAGGCGACACAGGGAGGUUAUGGACAGACCCCGCCUGCCUUCGAUAGCUAUGGACAGCAGGGCUCUGACGCCUCGUCUGGGUAUGCUGACAAGACGGCGUCAUCAUCUUACGGUCAGCCUGGGUCACAUGGCCAUUCUCAAGGAGGUGGUUAUGGAAGACGGGAUGACAGUUACGGUGAGAGCGGCCAGGCCCGGAGGUACGGAGGAGAGGACAGCGGCUCUGACAGGUCUGAGGGCUAUAGAGGCCGGGGGCGCGGGGGCUACGACCGUGGCGGUUACGAGCGCGGGGGAGGAUACGAGCGCGGUGGAAGAGGCGGUCCUCCUUCUGGUAUGGGAGGUGGUGACCGUGGUGGCUUCAAAACUUUCGGUGGUCCACGAGACUAUGGCUCCAGGGACGACCAAGCUGGAGAGGACAACUCGGACAACAACACCAUCUUCGUCCAGGGCCUGGGGGAGGAAGUGACGCCCCAGGAAGUGGGCGACUACUUCAAACAGAUCGGGAUCAUCAAGAUGAACAAAAAGACGGGUCAGCUUAUGAUCAACCUGUACUCUGACAAGGCUACCGGCCGGCUGAAGGGUGAAGCCACCGUCUCGUUCGAUGACCCUCCUUCUGCCAAAGCGGCCAUCGACUGGUUUGAUGGCAAGGAGUUCAAAGGAAAGCCCAUCAAGGUGUCUUUUGCCACCCGGAGGGCAGAGUUCACGCAGAGGGGUGGAGGAGUAGGAGGAGGAGGCCGGGGAGGAGGCCGAGGAGGAGGAUUCAGGGGACGUGGCUUUGGUGGUGGUGGUGGAGGUGGUGGACCUAACUUUGACAUCAAAGGAGGAGACUGGCCUUGUCCCAAUAGUUCUUGUGGCAACAUGAAUUUUGCCCGAAGAUACGAGUGCAACAAGUGUGGCACGCCUAAACCUGGUGACAGCGGAGGAGAUCGCGGAAGCAGAGGAGGAUACGGAGGUGACCGGGGCGGUUACAGGGGGGGCAGAGGGGGCUACCGCGGGGGGGACCGUGGAGGUGACCGCGGAGGCUACGGUGGCGGCGGCGGAGGAGGCUACGGAGGAGGAGGCUACAAGAUGGGGGGAAGAGGGGAUCAUAGAGAAGACAGAAGAGACCGGCCAUACUAAACAUUCAUAUUAAGACCCUCCAGCCCAGGGUCUAGCGAGUGGGGAAGAGACAGGGGACAGAAUGAUUCACAUACCUUUCAUUGCCAUAGCAUCCCACAUUUGCGCUGAGGGAAGGUGUGACUACUGUGAAAGGACUUUUGGGCUGAUGGGCAGUGUUGGUGUAUUAGGCAGGGUCAAAUGUCAUAUUUUUUGUUUUGUUUUUUUGUUUCUUUUAAUUUUCCCCAAUUCUAGGUCCAGACAUUGUGAGGUAGACUUCGUAUCAUUGUUUUGUAAGAUUGAAAGGAACUGUUUUACUUGGGUUUUCUUUUUUCCAAAUGAUAUUAAACUGUUCUGAUCUUAAAAGGU